AUGUCAACCACAUCAAUAACGCCAGCACACGUCAGAACUCGAUUUCUCAUCAUCUCAGAUACUCAUUCCACGUCUCCAUCCGACAAUGUUGCAAGUAACAAGGCCUCCUUCCGCCCGCCACUCCCCAAGGCAGAUGUGCUCCUCCACUGCGGUGACCUGACUAUGAUCGGUCAUUUGGAAGAAUAUGAAAAGACUCUAGAUAUGCUGGAGAGUAUCGACGCGGAUCUGAAACUCGUGAUAGCUGGCAACCACGACAUCACUCUGGAUGAAGCGUACUAUGAGAGGAAAGGAGAAUACAUGCACAGGGGGGACAGAUAUGAUAAAGAUCUGCCUCGGAGGGCGAGGGAAAUUUGGAAGGGCGAGCGGGCUAAGAAAGCUGGUGUGACAUAUCUGGAAGAAGGAACGCAUGCAUUUCAGUUACAGAACGGGGCGAACCUACGAGUCUACGCGUCUCCCUACCAACCGGAGUUCUGCGACUAUGCCUUCCCGUACUUCCGCAAUGAAGACCGUUACAACCCUUCUCAUCAGUGCACACCAAACGCCAAACCUAUCGCCGAGAACCCCGUUCCAGACUUCCCCAACAUCGAUGUCAUGAUGACCCACGGGCCGCCUAUGGGUAUUAUGGAUGCGACAACAACGGGAGAGCACGUCGGUUGCGAACACCUACUACGAGCUGCGCGACGCUGCAAACCUAGACUCCAUUGUUUUGGGCACAUACAUGAAGGUUGGGGCGCGCAGAAGGUGCAAUGGAAUAACAACGGUCAGCUCGAUGUCAAGAUUGAAGAGCAUAUCAAAGGCGCCGAUGUUGUACCUCUUGAUUGGGAAGCAAUCGUGGAAGAGAGGGCAGCGAGCAUUGAUGUCGGUCAGGGUGGCGAUACUGCGGUUGAGUUUGGACAAGAGACACUGAUGGUCAACGCCAGUAUCAUGAACGUACGGUAUAAGCCAUGGAACGCGCCAUGGCUUGUGGACCUAGACCUUGAGGCGGCAAAAUAA